UCUAAACCCAUUCUCUCUCUCUCUCUCUCUCUCUCUCUCACUUUUGAACACAUGCACGUUUCUGGUAAAGGUAGGGAGUAAAGUUCAGGCUGGUCAAGAGGACAGAGAGAUCACCGUCAUGCCCCGGAGGAAGACGGAGGAGCCGGACAACACGACCACGAUGAAGACGCCAUCAUCUGACUCCUCCUGCUGCGCGCCCUGUAUCAGUCUGAAGGACAGAUGUCCUCGACCUCGGGGAAUCAUCAACCUGCUCAUCACCAAAGUCUGUUUGUUUGCUCUGCUGUUCGGAGUCGUCUGGUCCAUCACAGGAAGAGAGUGUUUACCUGGAGGGAACCUGUUCGGCAUCAUCAUCCUCUUCAUCUGCUCCGUGCUGGGAGGGAAGCUGGUGGGAAUGAUCCAGCUGCCCACACUACCCCCCUUUCCUCCACUGCUUGGUAUGCUGCUGGCGGGUCUGCUAUUGCGUAACGUUCCUUACAUAACGGACGCCAUCUUCAUUGACACUCGCUGGUCUGCAGCUCUGAGGAACAUCGCCUUGUCCAUCAUCCUUACCAGAGCUGGUCUGGGCCUCAACCCUGAGGCUUUACGUCGACUGAAAGCAGUGUGCGUACGUGUUGCACUUGGACCCUGUAUGGUGGAAGCCUGCAUUGCUGCUGUGGUCUCUCACUUCCUGCUGGGUCUGCCAUGGGUUUGGGGUUUCAUACUGGGUUUUGUACUGGCUGCCGUUUCUCCAUCAGUUGUUUUUCCUUCAAUGCUGCUCCUGCAGAGAGAAGGAUAUGGAGUGGAGAAGGGAAUCCCCACCCUCCUGCUUGCUGCUGGAAGCUUUGAUGUUAUUCUCGCUAUAACAGGAUUCUCUACUUGUUUGGGAAUCGCCUUCUCUACAGGUUCUACAUGGAUGAACAUACUGAAGGGUCUGCUGGAGGUGGUGGGAGGCAUCGUAGCUGGUAUGAUCCUGGGAAUGUUCUUGUGCUGCUUCCCCAGCAAUGACCAGGAGGAUCUGGUCUUGAGGAGGACCCUCAUGUUGCUGGGUCUGUCCACAUUUUCAGUCUUCUUCAGUAAUGUUAUUGGUGCUGCUGGAGCUGGAAGUCUCUGUACACUGGUGCUGGCUUUCCUGGCUGCACUGGGCUGGAAGACUGAAAAGGCACCAGUAGCAGAAAUGGUGAGUCGGUCAUGGGAUGUAUUUCAGCCACUUCUCUUUGGUCUGAUUGGAGCUGAGAUCACAAUUAAAGCACUCAGCCCAAGUACUGUGGGUCUGGGUAUGGCCUGCAUUCUUAUUGGUCUGGUGAUCCGUCUACUUGUCACCUUCCUGUUGGUUCAUUAUGGAGGAUUCAACUUAAAAGAGAAGCUCUUCAUUUCUGUGGCCUGGCUGCCUAAAGCUACUGUGCAGGCUGCCAUUGGCUCCAAGGCACUAGACAUGGCGAGGGAGGAAGGGGACGAGGCCUUAAUUAAGUUUGGUUUGGACGUGCUAACAUUAGCGGUGUUAGCCAUCUUGACCACAGCUCCAGUUGGUGCACUGGGUAUCGGACUGGCAGGACCACGUCUUCUGGCCCGGCAGGUCAAAGCAGAAGAGACAGAAGGUGAAGCUACACCAUCUUACCUGUGAGAGUAUUACACCAUCUUAUCCACCUUAUUCUUCUAAUCAAAUAAUUGUUGAAUCAUUAUAUGGCCAUAGGCCACAUUAUGCCUUUGAUUAAAGAUUGUGAAAUCAUUACACUGUUUUAUGAUGCAUUAUACUGCUGAGUUAUAAGAAAUGCUGUUUGUGUAGAAUCAUGGCCUUCCUUUUCUGAUUACAAAGAGAACAAAACAUACUGUAGAGUUUUUCUGCCCCAUCUCAUCAGGAGGAGAUAAAACAGGAAGCCAAGGCCGUCACUUAGACGUCCCGUCUGGACGUCUGUAAUGCUCAAAUUGUUGUAUGGAAUAAAGAGAUUUUUGAUUGAGUGUUGUUCUUCCUUCAGCCCAAAGAUGAUGGUCGUUCAAGAAAAAGACAAUGUGACUCUCGAGAGCAAGCUAUGAAGCUUAAAAAACUCCUUAUAUACAAACUGUAUAUACAAUAUAUAGGUAUGUCCACACAUAAUGUAAAUGAUAAUCAGAGUUUAGCUGCAGUUCAUUUAUAUAUACUGGCUGUGGGUUUCUUCUAUUUUCUCAUAUACUCAGGUUCGAAACUUUAAAUAUGCAAAUGUUUAUAUUUUUAUUAGGCUAUUAUUAGUAAAGCAAAUGUGUUAAAAGUACUGAUAUAUUCUGUGUUAUAACAUUCUACAUAUUUCAGCUAUUUUACAAUCCUUUGAAAUGAACUCUGUUUGUCACACGUCUGAGCUAAACUGGUCUUAUAUAUACUGGUGGAAUACCCCCACGUUUGUAUGAAAGAUGAGGACUCGUCUGCAAGCACUCGUCCACUCCUGGCCAAGUGGCAGUGAAAUGUUUUUACAGGUAAUGUUACUGCGUCAGUGGUUUUGCUCUACAAGGGCGUCACCAACAUGUCCUUUGUAGUGUUGUAAAGUAUACUAUGUUGAUUUUUAUGCAGCAUUUGUUUUUGUUAAUCCAAUUAUUAAUUUUACAUUACACUGUAAUGUUAUCAGCUUAUUAACAGUGUCAGUAUGUGUUUUAUAAACCAAUUCCUGGUUAGCUAGAGUCAAUAUAGGCUAAAAUAUAUUUGCCACACCAGAUUUGAUUUUUUUUUACUUCAGUUUUUUUAUUUUUUCUGUUUGUCUGUUGAAUAAAUGAAGUACAGCUGAGGUCAUUCAUCAUAUGGUGAGUGGUAGAGUUUAGCUAGCAUGCUAGUCUGAUGUGUUGGUUUUUUGGGGGGUUAUUUUGGUGUGGUGGAGCAAUGUAGAUAGACUUGAUGUUGGAAGUCAGGUCUUUAAAAUUGCAUCACAUUCAAUAACAAAAAACAAAGCAAUCAUUUCUGAUUUCAGAUUUGGUUUGUUAUAAAAAGGUUUUUUUUUUUUUUUUUUUACUGUUAUAUGUGUUUAAAACAUGCAAAAAGCAAAUAUUGGAUACAGAUUAAGUAAAUCAUGGCAGUAAUAGAUAGUUAAUCUCAUUAAAAAUGGAGAAGCUGUGUUGCCCGUUCUGGAGAACAACAUCAAAUAUGGAAGUCAUGUUUAAUCUUAAAUGAGCGGGUCAUCUAUUGUCUAACGACAUCUUCUGUGGAAAAUGUUAUUAUAUUGUUAUUAUUGUUAUAUGUUGCUAUAUCUUUUAAAAAAAGAUAUAGUAACAUAAUACAAAAUAAUACAAGAUCUUCUGAAUGUUUAUCAUAGCAUCUUUCACAUGUACCGCAUCCCUGUAAUUAUUUUAUAUGUCACUGUGAUCAGCUGUGGUUUAAAUGCACAUUUUUAAUUCAAGGCUCAAUAAAAUGUUUAUCAACAAA